AUGUCAAACAAUUAAAUCAUCUACUAAUAGUAAGAAGAUCAAAGAUCUCUCUUUUCUCGAUUGUGUGCUUGUUUGCACAUAUUUAAAGGCAACAAGAAACGAGGAUCUCAAAACCAAUAUCAUCACGAAAUUGAUACUCCUAAAUCAUCCUUUAUUUUAGGUUAAAAGAAAACAAUUGUCCUGGAUUUAGAUGAAACAUUAGUACACAGCCAAUUUCAACCCAUUGAUAAUUACGAUUUAUGCUUGGAUAUUGUCGUUUAAUCAUAAAAUUUCAAAGUUUUUGUCCUCGUUCGACCAGGUGCCAAACAAUUUAUUAAUGAACUAAGCAAUUUUUAUGACAUUAUCUUAUGGACUGCAAGUCUCAAGGAAUAUGCUAUGCCAGUUAUGGACUUUGUUGAUCCUGACAAAAAAGCAAUCGAAAGGUUAUUUAGAGAGAGUUGCACUAUCAUCAAAGGAGGUCUGACCAAAGACCUAAGCAAAUUGGAUCGUGAUUUCAAAGAUAUUGUCAUUGUUGAUAAUUCAAUAUUGUCUUUUGCGUUGAAUCCAGAUAAUGGUUUCCAAAUUAAAGAUUUCUUCUAUGACAAACAAGACAAAGAACUUGAAUUGAUUCUCCCAUUCUUGAUUUGGAUCUCAUAACUUCCUGAUGUGAGACCAGUUUCCUUAUAAUAUGAGUAAUUUAUAAAUUCAUCACCUGAAUAGUUAAAUCAAAGAAGGAAUGGCAGCAUUGUACCACUAGACUAACAGAAGUUUUACAGUGUCUCCAGAUCCUUCACAAUACAAAGAGAAAAAAUUAAAUAAGGUUCUAUAAUAAAAACUUUAACAUUAUCUAAAAAUGACGAGGAGGAAUUUGAUGAAAUUGCUUUUAAAAAAAAAUUAAAUUCAGGAGUCAUUUCUAAAUAGGACUAAACAAAUGAUAGUGAAAAGGAGACUUUUGAAAUUAGCAAUUGA